ACACGAAGCUUUACGGAUAAUUAACGGAGAACAUACUUCUGAAUAUGUUACGGUGGACCCUCCCUUUUUGUUCGGGGAAACGUCCCAUCACUUGUCAUCGAGCCGAAGACACUUGGGGAGUGUCCCUCCCCCAGGGGUACUUCGACAACGCCGUGGGACCCGAGCCGUUCCGCGAGACAAUCAGCCGCUUCGGAGGCCCCGGGGCCCAGGAGGAGUGGGACAGGCUGACGGAGCACCUGCUGGAGCUGUCGGAGUGCACGAUGGGGCUGCCGCCAUUCUCUCUGCGGACCGGUCCGGGCGCAGUCGUGACGAUGGCGCAGUUUCUGCCUACCCUGGUCAAGGUUGCCAAGGCAGGGCCCAGCCUGCAGGACCCUUUCACUGACGUGUUGGAGAAGCUUAACGUUACCGACCCCUUCGUCAAGAACUGGCUGAACCUCCUGUGCUUCUUGCUGCAAGGAUUGCCUUCGGACGGGACGAUGACCGCAGUUAUGGCCUACAUGAUCGCCGACUGGUGCAGGCCGGGGGUGGUGCUAGACUACCCCAAGGGAGGCACGGAAGCUUUGGUAGAUGCCCUGGUGCGAGGGGUGAAGGGCAAGGGGGGCAAGGUCAUGCUCGCGGCCCACGUGGAAGAGGUUGUGGUGGAAGACGGCAAGGCGUGCGGCGUCCGCCUUAGGGGGGGGAAGGUCAUCCGUGCGAGCAGGUCUGUCGUAUCGAACGCGAGCAUCUGGGACACUCUGAGGCUUGUGCCCAAGGGUGCCCUGCCGGAAGAUUUCGUGAAGGAGAGAGAGGCCACCCCGCAGUGCAAGAGCUUCAUGCACGUGCACUUGGGAGUGCGUUGUCAAGACCUGAUCGACAAGGCGGCGAAAGGGGGGGACGAUGCGUUUGAUCCCCGCUGUCAUUACGCCGUGGUGGCGGACUGGGAUAAGCCCAUUGACGACGCAGGCAACGUUAUCGUGGUCAGCAUCCCGUCCGUUUUGGACCCAUCCCUGGCGCCCCCGGGCUGCCAUACGGUGCACGCCUAUACGGCCGGUUGUGAGCCGUUCUCCAACUGGGAAGGGCUCGAUCCCAAGGGCGAAGAGUACCGCAAGCUUAAAGAGGAGCGAGCUCAGGUCCUCAUGGACGCCGUUGAGACUGUCUUCCCCGACUUAGAAUCUCGACUGGAUGUCCGGAUGAUCGGAACGCCGGUCACAGCUCAGCGUUUCCUGCGAAGAGACCGAGGAACCUACGGACCGGAGAUCAAAGCCGGGCGGGACAAAUUUGCAGGGCCGAACACCCCCCUACCGGGGUUGGUGUGCACGGGGGAUUCCGUGUGGCCGGGGAUCGGGGUCCCGGCGGUGGCGGCAAGCGGUACGCUUGUAGCGAACAUGAUGGUCAACCCACUCAAGCAGCUGAAGAUGUUGAGAAAUAUUGACUUCGGGGGGGUUGGUGUGGAGUGAUGGGGAUAUUCUAAGACCGAGGUGGAACUGGCCAACUGAAACGGUCAGAGCUCCUAUCCCUAUCGGUAUUCCAGCUGCCGCUGGUUCUGAGCGUCGCAGUUUUCAGCCAGGCCUACUGCCAAAGACAAUGUGUUGCAGUCUAUCUCUUGCGUAGAAAUGCGGAAAUUGCCAGGCGAGAAUUGCAAGAUGGAGAGAGGGAGCUACAAUUUAGGCCAAUAGACCAUAGGCGAGCAUGUUGGGGCAUUGAAAGCCAAGAUGUAGAGCACAGCAGCAGUGCAACCUUCCAGCUUGAAAACGUGAUUCAGCUCGGUCCCCCACGUCGAUUUUCCCUCUUUCCUUUUCGGAGGAGUUUCCGAUCUCUGCGGAGGUAAGAAUCGCGUGGUUUUCGAGUGGAAAUCGUCUAGUCGCGAGUGUGUGCACAUGACGGAAGGCGAGAGGGCUGCUGAAUCUUUUGUCUUGUCAAACGUCGAAAGCGAAGACAAACACCGCGGGAGGAAAGGCGGAAAUAACUCUUCCGUGUUGGUGUGUGGGACAUGCUCCUGCGUGCUGUCGACGUUAAAAUGCACAGACGUCAUUUGAGUACCAACAGAUGGGCAUGUUCGCGUUUGGUUCGUGCUUCACAAGCGGGUUUAGGCUGGAAUUUUGUCCUGAAUCCACUACACCCAGACCAAGCGUUGGAACGGAGAGACCCGCGCAAGUCUCGGUUUGUGGUAAGACCGCAUUUUUUUUCCUCUUUGAAGUUUUAGGCAAGCUCAACUUAAGUCAAAAUAAACAAGUUGUCAUUCAAUA